AUGUUUUUGCGCUCUUUUCGCUCAUUUCAAGUUCGUCCUCUGCUAGCUUCCAACAAUACUUUGUUUCUUCCGCGGUCAACUUUAACGACAACAAGCAUUACAGCUACAAAUGAAAAUAAUAGCAACAAUGAUGACAAAGGAGCUGUAACAACUACUGAAACCUUUAAACAAGUGAUACCAGCUGAUUCUAUCUCUGGUGCGCCAGAAGGACUUCGGUAUCGUUCUGUGCGCAUAUAUAGGCCAAGCAAAACUGCAAUGCAAUCGGGGACACAUAAUACUAAACACUGGCGAAUAGAUUUUGAUAUAUUGGAGGGUAAUGGCCGGUGGGAAAAUCCAUUAAUGGGUUGGGCUAGCAGUGCUGAUUCUGUGCAAGCUUUGCAAAUUAAAUUUGCUACUAAAGAGGAUGCGAUAUAUUUCGCAGAAAAACAAGGUUGGGAUUAUUUCGUGCAGGAGCCAAAAGAACCUGUAUUUCAUGUAAAGGCAUAUGCUGAUAAUUAUAAAUAUUCGCCUGGAAAGCUGCGGUUAAUUAAGACGAAAUAA